UAUUUCGGCAUUUCUGACGGGCGGUCCGUAUUUGCGUUCCCUGUCUUGUGGCAGUUUAGUGUGCGGGAAAACCGUUCGUCGAUUUGAAGUUGUUUUGAAAAUCGUGCGUACGUGUGGGUCGUGAGUUUCCCUAAUAUUCUACCGGAUGCGAAGAGUUGAGAGUUGAGACGUCUGGUCUUUGGGAGUCGCACUGCAGAAGAAUAAAUUCAGAACUCCCAUUUGAGGUGAAAGGAUCUCGUCCGGAAGCUCGUGGGACGUGCCGUUCAACGAAGACGUGUUCAGCACCAGCUUCUUCCCUCGGUAGUGAGCUGUAAAUAAAUAAUUGCAGCACAAAAAAACGGAAACUUUCAGCAGCGAAAAAGUGACUGUGAAGGAGAUCCGGUCCGGUCCGAUAGCAUAGUCCGGUUGGACUUGUUUUUCGCCAAGUCCUUCGCCGUAGUGCACUGAGUCUGUGGACGGGUGAUAACGACGGGAAAGAGCUGUUGCCAUUAAAAAGUUUCGACUUCGACCGGUGACUGCCGCUCGUUGGUUGGUUAGGGGACACUAAUCAAGUGGCGGUUUACGAAAUCUGGAAGUCACGUUCUACCAAUAACCGACGACCUUCGCAUAAGGGACGGUGUUUACGUGCGACGCGUCAAUAUCUGUGUUUGUCGAGGAAGUUCAGAGAGGUAAUUGUGGAGAAAAGAGAGCAAUCGAAGAAUUAGGAAAAUUAAGGCGACCCGGUGAUUUGGUAGUGGGUUGAGCUGUCUGGGUCGUUUCAACACUUCGGUCGAUUACGCCGUUUUUUUGUGUACAAAUUGACGGCCUUCGCGCUUUUGUGAUUCAAUUUGGCGCUGAUUGUUUUUGUUCAGCUGUUUCGUGAUCGAGAUCGAAGAAAGAAGCAAAAAAUCCGUAAGAAAGCAGUUUUUCUCGCCGCGAGCGGCAAAAGUGGUGUACCCGCAGCAAAAUUGAAAGCGCAGUGUAAUUGUUGUUUGCCGUUGUAUCUGUGGCUGUUUGGUGAAUUAUUUUCAAUUUUCGAUCGGUUGGUUGGCCUGCAUUUCGAGAGCACAGUACUGACUGAGCCGGAGCUUACCAACCUCACCGAUACCAAAACAUGUAUCGGAGAUAAUCCGCAAAAAAAAAGAAGCAAAGUGUCAGCGGAGAGUCGUGCAAACCGUACAAGCCAGUCAAGUUUCCAGAAUAACCGGUUUUCGACGGAGCCCGGCCAGCUUUCAGGUUCACCCAAUCGCAGUCCCGUCUCGUGGUGCGGGAGUCAGCGAUUGUAAGAUUGUGUGAGUGUUUUGUGCAUUGCUUUGGGGAGCACACAGCAUGAAAGUGGCUUCUGGCUAGGCCGACCGUCGUUUGAUAAAGCAGAACAAGUACUGAGAAGCCGGGAGUUGAGUUGCACUUUUUUCUAUCGCCAGACGUUUGGACAGUGGACGUUGUCUGAACCCGAAGGGGAGUGAUGCCUUAGAGAGUCACCAGCGAGUGCUUGAAGAUUUAAUCACUUAGUGCAUCGCGACGCACUUCUAGAGGAAACAACUGCACAGCAGCGUUAAGAAGAAUCGUUACCGUUGUAGUGGAAGGAACUGGAGAGGAUAAUCACUUGAUGCAUUCGGGUUGCAUAUUUGCAGGUGUAAUCGGACAGAAGUUGGCUGAGCUGAGCAGAGACCUUCGGUAAUUACGAUGAUUGGGAUCGAUUACCCGGCGAAAGCUUAAGAGAUGAUGACAUACGUUCUCAUCGAUGAAUACGGGUCAACAUAAGUCACGAUAUGAUCGUCAAGUAACUAACCACUACCCACUCAGACCAAUCAGUCAGUCAGCAGCAGAAGCAGAAGAAGCACCACAUAGCCCAUAGAAUAAACUAGAAUAAACAAUUACCGACAUCUGCUGACCAAACCCCAGGGCAGAAUAACCUCUCGUAGAAGUUCACCUUAGUCACAUAAAUCGAAACCCCUCAACGACGCAGAAAAAUGUCCCACCGAAUGUCGCCCAAAACCCGAGUGGUGUUCAAGUUCAUCUUCGGACUGGGAAUAUGGUCCUUCCUGGUGCUAGGCUUCUUCAAACUAAAUGGCGACCCUGUCACUCAGCACCAAUUCCAGCAGACACCCAUCAACGGACGGCUACUGCUCAACAAGGACAACCGAUGGACUGGCAACGAAGCGACGUCCACCACCACCGAUCGGUACGCUUCCCCAGUCGGCGCCGGAGUGGACGAGGUCCUGGUGGAUAACCGAGCUGUGAUCGACGAUGAGCAGCUGGUCCGGGACGUCGAAUCCCGCAUCCCGUCGCUUCCGAUUGCCUACUGGAGCAAGCACAAGAAUGCCGUCCAGAAGAAAGCCUCCUGUGCCAAGUAUCCGUCGAUCUUCGAGUUGGAGUUCAACAACAUCUACUGGCAAACGCUGCGAAGUUCCAACGGGACGUUCCAACUGUUCGGGGCGUAUUACGACAUCCGGAAACGGAGCCGCAUUGGACCGGCGGUUCGGAUUCUGGGGAUGAUAGACCGGAUCGAACCCAAAGUGAAGACCUUCUGUCAGCUGUGGUUCGACGGCCAGAAGGAGCCUUUUAUUGUGAAAACUUUCGAGUACAAGUACAUCUGGUUCAACAAGUGGGGCAAUUAUAAGCAAGGCAUCUAUCAGCCGUACUUGAUAGCCUGCCAGAUUCCCAAGCCGUUCCGAGGAUUGGUUCCGGCGUCGGUUUCGCUGGUGGAGAAGCAGUGCGAUACGGCGACCAACAAUCUACGGGUGUUGUACAAUCGGCCGCUGGAUGACAAGAAGAAGGGCUUUGCCGUCUGCGUGAAGGGCUUGGACUUCCUGUACGAUGAUCUGUCGGUGCGACUGGUAGAGUGGAUCGAACUCCUAGGGAUCCUAGGUGCGGAUAAGAUCUUCUUCUACGAGCUGCAGAUCCAUCCGAACAUCUCCAAGGUUCUACGGUAUUACGAAGAGCAGGAUCGAGUUCACGUUACUCCUCUGACUUUGCCUGGAGGUCAGCCAAACGUUCCGGGUUUCCAGCAUCUGUUCCUGUCAAAGAAGACCACUCAUAAGAGGCAGAACGAACUCAUCCCCUACAAUGACUGCCUUUACAAGAACAUGUACAAGUACGAUUUCAUAGCACUGUUGGACAUUGACGAGGUCAUCAUGCCCAAGCUGGACGAAGAUCGCACCUGGCACGACCUCAUGGAACGAGUCGUCGAGAAGGGCAUGAAGCUCAAGAACGAUACGUACCCAAGCUACAACGUGCGGAACGUGUACUUCUUCGACCAGGACCAGCACGAGCAUGACUGGAAAAAGGACGUCCCGAAGUACAUGCACAUGCUGCAGCACGUCCAGCGAGCCAAGAACUACACCAAACCGAACCAGUACGUCAAGUGUUUCCACAACCCGGAACGGGUCCUAACCCUGCACAACCACUUCCCGAUCGCGUGCCUGGGAGGGGCCUGCCAUUCCUUCCCCAUCAGUACAGAGGACGCCCAGCUCCAACACUACCGGGCCGAUUGCGUCCGGACGCUCAAGAAGAGCUGCGAGGAGUUCAAGGAGAACCAGGUCCGCGACACCACGAUCUGGAAGUACAAGGACGAGCUGGUCCAGCGGACGCGCCGCACCCUGGACACGCUCGGGUUCUUCCGGCCGUCGUCGGCCAUCGGUGGCAUGGGUCGUGGCCGCGACUCGCUCUACAAGCGGUGAUUGUUGCAGAAGCUUCGGCACAUGUUUAACCUCUAGUUACGUUUGUUCAUUUAUUCGAUUGACCAACGACGGUCGGCAGCAGCGAACAGUUCCACCGCGACCACGUCCGAACGGCAGUGCUGCGAUCUGAGGCGAUAGGCGGAUGGAAACCGAGAACGGGGGAUUGCGGUCUUCGGCCGGAGCCCGUUUAGCUUCGGUUGAAGGCGCGCUCUGGUUGGAUCCAAGCCGAAUGAAUGAACGAUCGAUUUAUUUUUUUGAUUCUUGGAAUUUAGGGCAAGUUAAGGAGGAAAAGUGUUAUCAAUCUUAGCGACUUAGUGAGUAUUGUUUUUGUUCUUUGACGAAAUGAAACCGGAAGCAGUCAAAGAAGUAAUUUAUGUACGUGAUAGGAGGUACGGAGCGAUUUCCCGAUUUCGAAUCCUACUUGCAUGUGCUAGAAAAGAAGAAGGAAAUCAUCCUCAUACAUAUUAGUAGGUUUAAUGUUCAAGCUUCGUCACGGUGUAGGAAAGUCAAUGCAUUAGACGAGUGUGUAUUUAUCAAUCAAUUAUUAUGAUUACGAAGACAAUGUGUGCCUUUUCGUUAGAUUCUACUAUUACUACUAUGAAAACGUUAUUAUCCGCGUUAUAAUCUACUACUACUGCUGCUUGAGUGGAGCGGUUCUGUUGGAUUUCCCAUUGAGUGCCGCCUUGCUGUAAGAAGAUCUAAGAGAUCUAUUUUUCGUUUUGUUUAUUGGACAGGUCUUUAUAUUCAUCUAGGGUGAAGUGCUAAUUUUCAAUGUGUUAAGCUCUGAUCAGUGAGAACCUGCAUUUUUUUCAGUUUUGUAGUGAAUGAUGCUGAUACAAACCGUUGCCAAACCAUUCUUUUCCAAGACGGUUUUCGCAUUGUGCAAUAAGAUUUUGAUAAAUCUGGAUCGUUUAUUGGAAAUACUGCAAUGACAUUGUCACUGUCUGUUGCCUAUAUCCGUCGCAUCCGUUUUUUAUUUGGUCGCAAUCAAUUUUUAUUCGUGUCACAACUAACGAAUCACUGGGAUAUAGUGGGUGGUUGAAAUCAGCACUUUAACGUUAUAUUAAAUUGUUAAACUAGAAUAUACAGAUCUUCGGGCAUCCCCACCAUUUCCGAUGCAUGAUGAAAUAUGUGGAUUUCCCUUGAAAUUUAUUGGCCCCAGCAAAGUACACCCAAAACAAAGAAGCACAAUCAUACUUUUGGCCAAAUAAAAUACAUGACGACUCACA